AUAGCUAAAAGUUUUCUUAUUGUGGAUAUUCUUUCCUUUAUUCUAGGGAUUUGAUUUCCUAUAUAAAAGGAGAAAUCUUUGUCUAUUUCUCUUGUUUCCUGUGAUUAAACUAUUGACAAGAAGAUUGAUGGGGAUGAGUGAUCGAGAUCCUUUGAUCUUCGCCUAUUAUGUCACCGGCCACGGAUUCGGUCAUGCCACCCGCGUUGUUGAGGUUGUGCGGCAUUUAAUUGUAGCUGGGCAUGAAGUUCAUGUUGUUACGGGUGCUCCGGACUUUGUUUUUACUAGCGAGAUUCAGUCUCCCAACCUCCACAUUCGCAAGGACGUGCUGGAUUGUGGAGCUGUGCAAGCUGAUGCACUGACAGUGGACCGUCUGGCCUCCUUGCAGAAGUACUCCGAGACAGCUGUGGUGCGAAGGCCUUAUAUUUUGGCAGCAGAAGUGCAAUGGCUGCAUUCCAUCAAGGCUGACUUAGUGGUUUCUGAUGUUGUGCCAGUAGCAUGUCGAGCUGCUGCAGAUGCAGGGAUUCACUCUGUUUGUGUUACAAAUUUCAGCUGGGAUUUUAUUUAUGCUGAAUAUGUCAUGGCAGCAGGAAAUCAUCACCGUUCAAUUGUUUGGCAGAUAGCAGAAGAUUAUUCUCAUUGUGAGUUCCUACUGCGGCUUCCUGGAUAUUGCCCGAUGCCGGCUUUCCGAGAUGUAAUUGAUGUGCCUUUGGUGGUUAGAAGGUUACACAAAUCCCGUUCAGAGGUGAGGAAGGAACUUGGGAUUGGUGAGGAUGUGAAGUUAGUUAUAUUCAAUUUUGGCGGACAGCCAGCUGGUUGGAUAUUGAAGCAAGAGUGGCUGCCUGUUGGUUGGCUAUGUCUGGUCUGUGGUGCAUCUGACAAACAAGAGCUUCCUUCAAACUUUAUAAGGCUUCCAAAAGAUGCAUACACACCUGACCUUAUGGCUGCAUCUGAUUGCAUGCUUGGGAAAAUUGGUUAUGGCACAGUUAGUGAAGCUUUGGCAUACAAGUUACCAUUUGUCUUUGUGCGCAGAGAUUAUUUCAAUGAAGAACCUUUUUUAAGGAAUAUGCUCGAGUAUUACCAAGGAGGUGUUGAGAUGAUCAGGAGAGAUUUGCUAACUGGCCAUUGGACACCUUAUCUUGAGCGUGCACUAACUCUAAGUCCAUGCUAUGAUGAGGCCAUUAAUGGCGGAGAGGUGGUCGCUCGCAUACUACAGGACACUGCUGCGGGUAAAAGUCAUGCAUCAGACAGGUUGAGUGGCGCAAGGAGAUUGCGUGAUGCUAUAGUACUUGGAUAUCAGUUACAAAGAGCUCCAGGCAGAGAUCUCAGCAUUCCUGAUUGGUAUACACGUGCUGAGAAUGAACUUGGUCUUCGUCCAGCCUCGCCAUCUGCAGAAAUGAACGGAAAUGAUUCUCUCAGUGAAUUAUGCGUUGAAAAUUUUGAAAUACUUCAUGGCGAGGUGCAUGGUUUAUCCGAUACAGUUGCUUUCCUAAACACCUUGUCAGGACUUGAUCAUGGAACUGAUUCAGGAAAAAGUACUGAGAAACGACGUGAGCGUAAUGCUGCUUCUGCACUCUUUAAUUGGAAGGAGGAAAUUUAUGUGUCAAGGGCUCCUGGAAGAUUGGAUGUAAUGGGAGGAAUUGCAGAUUAUUCAGGAAGCCUUGUUUUGCAGAUGCCAAUUAGAGAGGCUUGUCAUGUUGCUGUUCAAAGGAAUCAUCCUAGCAAACACAAGCUCUGGAAACAUGCUCAAGCACGACAACAGGCAAAAGGAGAGGGACCCCUACCAGUUCUGCAGAUUGUAUCUUUUGGAUCUGAGUUAAGUAAUCGUGCACCUACAUUCGACAUGGACCUCGCAGAUUUGAUGGAUGGUGAGCAACCAAUGUCAUAUGAGAAGGCCAGAGAGUACUUUGCACAAGAUCCCUCCCAAAAGUGGGCUGCAUAUGUUGCGGGGACCAUCCUUGUUUUGAUGACUGAACUUGAGAUCCACUUUACUGACAGUAUCUGCAUACUGGUUUCAUCUGCUGUUCCAGAAGGCAAAGGCGUCUCUUCUUCUGCAGCAGUGGAGGUUGCAACCAUGUCUGCCAUUGCUGCUGCUCAUGGGCUAGACAUAAGUCCAAGGAAGCUUGCACUGCUUUGCCAGAAGGUUGAAAAUCAUAUUGUUGGAGCUCCGUGUGGUGUGAUGGAUCAAAUGACGUCAGCUUGUGGGGAAGCCAACAAAUUACUUGCCAUGGUUUGCCAGCCUGCUGAAGUAAAGGAGCUUGUCACCAUCCCAACCCAUAUACGAUUUUGGGGUCUUGAUUCAGGAAUAAGGCACAGUGUUGGCGGGACUGAUUAUGGAUCUGUAAGAAUUGGAACCUUUAUGGGGCGUAAGAUUAUAAAAUCUGAGGCAGCUGCCUUGUUGACUCGCUCACUGCCAGGUCCAAAUGCUCCUCAAGGUUACAUGAACCAUGAUGAGUAUGAAGAACAUGGCAUAGAGCUAGUCAAAGCCGAAGCAUCUCUUGAUUACUUAUGCAACCUUUCUCCUCACAGAUAUGAAGCCGUAUAUGCUAAGAAAAUUCCAGAAUCCAUACUAGGAGAGUCAUUUUUGAACAAAUAUGCCAAUCACAAUGAUACAGUAACCGUAAUAGAUCCCAACCGCAAAUAUGCAGUCAAAGCACCAGCCAAACAUCCGAUUUAUGAGAAGUUCCGAGUAGAGGCCUUUAAAGCAUUAUUAACAGCAGCAGCAACAGAUGAGCAGCUUUCAGCACUUGGAGAACUGAUGUACCAGUGCCACUACAGCUACAAUGACUGCGGACUGGGAUCAGAUGGAACAGAUAGGCUGGUCAAGUUAGUUCAAGAAAUGCAACACUGCAGGUCCUCUCACAGUGAUGGUUCGAGUUUAUAUGGUGCAAAAAUCACCGGAGGGGGCUCAGGUGGCUCAGUUUGUGUUAUUGGAAAGAACUGUAUUCGAAGUAAUGAAGAAAUUCUUGAGAUCCAGCAGAGGUAUUAUGCCGCCACAGGCCAUCUACCAUUUAUCUUCGAGGGCUCAUCCCCAGGUGCAGGGAAGUUUGGCUACCUAAAAUUACGACGCAGACAAUCCUCCGAUACAAAGUUAGAUCUAUAAUCAACUAAUUCAAAGUGCAGGAUCAGUGCCACUCGGGAUAUGUGAAAGCAUCUUCAGGGUUAUUUAGUUUAAAACGGCAAUAAUGUCAGUUCCAAGCUUAAUAAUAAGAACAUGCUUAAGUUGCUGUGAAAUGGAUAUUUUUACAUGUAAAUAUUUUGCAUGUCUGGGAAAUAAAGAGAUCUGCAAGGUGAUUUCACAUUGUAAAUCAUCAUUUAUUGAUCAUGUCAGCUGAGUUCGGAGUA